GAUAUAUAACAUCGAUGAUUCAAUAACAGGGAAAAAAAAAUGACUCUUUAGACAAUCCAAGUUUUUGAUCGCUCAUAAUAUCUGAUCGGGAACGUUUGCCGGAUGCAAAUAGCAGUGUAUUCACGUUUUCCAGGCGUCAGUCCGAGACUCAUUAUCGCGCUCUCACAAACUCGUCGAUAAGCGCGCCGAGAAAUAAGAGAACAUUCGCCCACGGUUCGUUGACCAGUGGAUCCGCGUGAAUUACUUGGGUACAGAAUUAGGAGCGCACUUCUUUCCAAGACGUCCCGUCGACAUCGAUACCGUAACGCGAUCAUGCCGCGGCUGCUUUUAUGGGUGUUCGCAUCCGUUGGCCUUUGGACGAAUUUUUCGAGGUGCUGGGAGAUACUGCUGUACCCCGAGAACACUUUGUAUCAGUUUACUAUGGGUAUCUCGACGCCGGUAGCGAUGACGAAAAGGGGCGGCAUCGUCUUCAGUUCGGGAUUUCAACUCAACUACGCUCUACCCUGGAAUCUGUCGCAGCUCGAAUCGACGAUAAUUCCUGCGAGGCACAUUAGGGAUCUCAAUUUGCAGGAAACUUACGUCACCAUUGAGAAUCUGCUGGAUGAACACGGCUGGAGGGAUGGCAGGCAAUGCCUUUUGAGAACUAUUUGCGAACUCGCGGAGACGCCACUUCGCAGGACCCAACAGGAUAUCCUCGAGGAAAUGAUUCACUUAAUUUUAACGCCCACAGAGGACUUGCCGGUAGCGAUUAAUUCCAGUCACCGGAGUGUCAACAAAUUGUAUCAGGAAGCCGAACGAUUGGGUAGGUCUGGCGGCGAUUGCAUCCUAAUGUAUCCCGAUUGCGUCGAGUCACCGUUGGAAUCAUUUACCGAGAUUGUAUUUCCUUGAGUAAUCGAAUCGUCGCGACUUCGUUUCCUUCCGGUUCAAGACGCGACUUCAAUUAAACGCUGUGUCGCGCGUUCGAUUAUGCGUGUCACUUUCUUACGUUACGUGCGAAUCUUAAGACGUGACGAGCAGCAUGUCCUGCGGCCUUUUGUUUACCGAUGAGCAAUCCAUCCCGACAUGUGACAGAUGGAAGUUUUAUCAUAAACUGAAGCUUGACACGUUCGAGUGUAAAUGACAAAUUGCAGUUUGUGAAUUAUUUAUCCUUUUUAUCUUGUAUAAAAUUUAAGAUUAUAUUACUAUUACUCGUACCUUGUAUUGUUGGAGUGAAUCAUGUUCUAUUCUUGCGUAUAAAUAUUUUAAAAUUUCAGAAAACUUUUAAAACAAUAAAAAU